GAAAGUUUCUCCGUUAAUUAUCCCCCCACUCCCCACGUCCUAAUUCAUCACUCACUAUUUGACUCGGCAUCCAUUUAACAUCCGGGCUACUUACUUAUUACAGCCAAUUACAGUCGAAUAUGGAGGUACCAUUUUCCGAGCCUCGUCAUAUCACCAUCUUUACGGUAGCGGCUGGGACGCCCAGUGCUCUCACAGACAUGAAGCUGGGACGAUUUAUCCCUACUUCCGCUGUUGACCACUGGGGAAUAUACAUCGAAAGUGCAGACGACUACGAGACUCACAAUGGGUUAUGUAUUGAGCUUGACCGCAGUGAAGAUGGAGGGAUCAUAGCACGAGAUCGAACAAGGCGUGAACGAGAAGAGAAAGAACCGCAAAAGGGAAUAAAAUACGACUUCACUCAGAAGUUCACCGCAUGGGAAGAUAGGAGAAUUAUUCAAUGCGCCAAGGAUAUCUGCAAAGAUCAGAUGUACAGUACCUAUCACGUCAUAAAGGGAAAUUGUCAAACUUUAGUCAAUCUCCUUGUCCAGAGAAUAGCGAGUGGUGAUUUAUAUAUUCCGAAAAGUACGGCCUCGCACAUAUUUUCCAAGGGACCUUCCAACGCGAACUUAGUUGGCAUCUGGGAAGCCGACAUGGUCCCUUCCGAAAGACUUCGACUCAUGGCUAAAACUCGAGCCGCAAGUAAGGUUCCAUGGAAUACAAAUCAACUGGAAGCUCCAGGAGAGGCGUCAUUCACUCUCGUCCAAUCUGCUAUGGGACCUUUGUGGAACAUCUCGCAGGUAAAAAACCGAGAUGACCCACUGACUCUUGAGGAGCAACGACUAAACGCUUACUACCUAUCCAAUUUGAUCGAUGGAGCGGUUGAACCAGUUCAGGAACAAAGUCUGAGGACCGGACGAAGCCCAGGACUGCGGUCCGAUAUCGAUAUCAAGGAAAGAAUCAAAGCGGCCGAGAUGAGCGUGAAGAAUUCUCUAGAAGAGACGUUCAGACGUUCGCGGGGGAUGAGCACUCUUGGAGCCAGCCUAGCCGUCUAUGAUGACCCCAAAAUUCCCCUAGAGAGACGGGAAGAGAUGCGAAAGCGUCUAACGGAUUUGAAUAGUCGCUAUCUACGCUCGAAAAGGGCGGCAUUGUUAGAUCAAACUAGACAACUACCCCGAUUGUACUUGGGCAAGGAUACUGUUCGGCGAGAAGACAUUACCUCUGAGCAGACCCGACAACAGCUUGAACUUUGGUUGAAAAAUGAUGAGCAGGACAACAAUCCAGAAAUCGUAGAUAAAGGACCAUCCCAAGUCUCGGGUCCCAAGGAAUCGCGCUAGCUGGUCAUACUCGCCUGCGGGCAUGAAUUACCUAGCUGUGGCGAGAACAUGCUGCAUUGCAGAUGUAGUACCUACAUUGCACGUAUGACAGUAGCCAACAGGCGUUAUCUGACACUCAAUCAAUGCAUUACCACCAAGAUGUUCUACCCCAUCUCGCUUCCAUGAUCUUGGUACCUAG